CACGCCAGAUCGUACAUAUAUAAACAUUUCUACAGGGAUUUUCCAAAGCCAUGUCUGAAUAACUGGUCCGUCGUAUGGAGUCUACUCUACCAGUAUGUCACCGGUUAUAUUAUUUGACCCGCCUAAAGCAGUUACGAUGAACGAUUGGUAACAAGCACUAAGCGAAGCAAGCGAAAUGCUAGACUUUUGUUAUCUACACGUGCUCCUUCGCUCUAGGUUCCACAAAUUAAGAAAAGCAUUAUAAAUCAUAGUGAAUAUAGUUUGUUUACACUAAUGGGUGCAUGAAUAAGUACAAGAACAAGAUAUACACUGUUCACACGACACAAACACCACUAGGGGGCUGAUAAAUCAUUUCCUUAUCGGUGGUGUUUGGCUUCACUAUCAACCAGCGAAAAAUUCAUUAUCAAAAAGCGUUCUACAAACAGCUGCUUUAUUCGGGCAAACUGUGAGAGGUCAUUUAAAGGAAUCAUUUUAAGUAGAAUCUUUAAACGAGACUGCUCGUUUUGAGUCGGGCCAGAUUCAUUCAGUACACGCCAAAGCAUGGAAGCAAAGCGAUUAAAUCUGACGGAUGAAGAUAUAAAAAAGAUAGUGAAAGAUCACUUAUCAUCUAGUGGGAGUGCUGUUGAUCAAUCGUAUUGCGUUGUACGGGCGCUACUGGAACCGUUUAGUCCGUGCCCGGAAGGUUUUCUAGCAGAUCAUUAUGCGCUGAAAGUAAGCAUCGAGAGAAGCGGACGUAAGGAGGAGCUUAGCUUCUUCGCAAAAUGUGUUCCCACCGAAAAUCCCGUACUGAGAAACUACCUCGAAGAAAUGGGUAGCUUCCAUAAGGAGAGUAGUGUUUUGCAGUACAUGAUCGGUUCGAUUCAGCGCUUCUGCCCAAGGCGAACUUUGGCACCGCGAGUGAUCUUUGCCAAGGAUAAAAAAAUACUCAUUAUGAAUAAUCUCAAAUCGGAUGGUUAUGCGAUAAUAAAGCGUCAAAGUGGACUGUUGGAGAUGGCAUUUGUGCAGCAAGCGUUAGAAACAUUAGCCUGUCUGCAUGCCGGCUCAAUCGUGCUGGAAGAACAGCAAGGAAAACGGCUGCCGGUGCUGUUUCCAAAUGUUCUCAACGAAAAUGGUUGGGUUCAAACGCCAACCAGCACAAGAGUGAAAGAUGUGGCCAAUGUUAUCAAACUGUACAUGGAGUUGGUUAAGAUAUGUGAUCACUGGCAGGGUGUACGCAAGCAAACCAUACUGGAGCAACUGGCGCCGCUGAUAAGAAGGAUUUACUCGUACGUGGAACCAUCGCAUGAAUUCCGCAACUGUCUCAACCAUGGUGACCUCUGGUGUAACAAUAUCAUGUUCAAGUGCAACGAACAAGGCCAGCCGAUUGGCAGUGCAUUGGUUGACUAUCAACUGUCUCGCUAUGUACCACCCGCGUACGACAUCAAUCUGUUACUGUAUCUAACGACAAGCCGCGAACUGCGAGAUGAGCAUCUGCCGGCACUGUUAGACCAUUACUACAAGUGUUUUUCGGAAAUGUUGGAGCAAAAUCAACUCAAAGUGAACGACAUUUAUCCGCGUGAAACGUUCCUUAGAAGCUGUGAAUAUUAUCGUGUGGCAGGGCUCAUUCACUCCACGAUCAUUAGUGGUGAGGUGACGCUGCCGAGCCGGUUUCUGGAGGAAAUCUUCGGAGACUUGCAAACGACGGCAAGUUUCAUGCCGGAUAAGAAAGUAUGGGUUUGUGUUAAGGCUUUUCAGGCAGAUGAAUGUUACAGGAAACAUUUGAUAGAGCUAAUGGAUGAACUGUUCGAUUACAUAAAGGAUUAAGUUAUAAGACGGAAGCUGUAAAGUGGGCUACGGCUAUCAAUUGAAUGGCCAUUAUGUAACUUGAAUCGAGUAUAAGCGAUCGGUGUUCAGACAGUCCGUAAGAUACACGGUACCUGUCAUAUAAUUUACAGAUUUACACUCAUUAAAAAAUAUCGUCUCAAAUACUGAAAAUAUUAGGAGCAAAGUAUAAAAACGAUUCUUGAACUUUUAAGGAUAAACGAUAUUGAAUCAGGAUUUAAAAUUCAUAGUACGCGAAUCUCCACAGAUCUUUGCCUUCCAAUAUGCAAAGGCAUGUUGGAGAUCUUUAUUUUGUAAUUCCUUCCUGAGGAUCUUUAAUAUGAGAUACAACUUUCAGAUGUUUUUUAACACUACAAUUCUUGUGUGUAUAUAUAAAGUAAAGAAGAGGAACAGUUUCAAAAGAUAUAAUUGCCAGCACAGAGGAUAGAUUUAUACCUUCUUCCUUGUAAUGAUCUUCUAAAUGCUUGAUUAAUAUCUGAUAAACACAUGCAUAUACUGGAUGAUGUACAGCAGAUUUUGAGUUCACAGUUAAGAAAAUAAUAUAAAAAUACAAUAUAAAAUAUAACACAAAAAUUAUAAACCUAUGUGGGAACAUAUUUUACACUACAGGUUAUUAGACAGGAGGCGCGAAUCACAAGGAUGACAAUGUGACAAGGACACAGUGCAGAACAACAGUUUUUAAAGUGUAAUAAAUACAGGACAAAAUGUUCUUCAAUCUUCAAAUUAAAAACAAACAACUUCUUGGGGAAAUGUCGAUAAAUACGAAAGAAAGAAUUUUAUCCGAAAAUGACGUGAAAUGAUUUUUGAAUGAAUGAAAUGAAUUUAUUUCUUUAUUCUUCAAACUGAAAACGAAAAACGGCUUUGGGAAAUGUUGGUAAAUCCGAAAGAAAAAAAAAUAUUGAAAUAUACUUCCCUGCAAUACUGU